AUGUCAUCGUCUGCGACUAUUGAACAGAAGCCGACUUCUGCCUUAAACACAGAAACAAGCGGCAAUGGCAAAGUGAACAGGCUGCAUCACAUUCCAAAACCCACCAACAAAGAAGAAGAGCGACAAUGGCUUCUCGAGCAGAUGGCGGGCGCCUUUCGCAUAUUCGCCAAACUGGGAUUCUCAGAUGGUGGUAGUGGCCAUAUAAGUGUCCGAGACCCCGUCGAACCCCGCACGUUCUGGAUCAACCCGUAUGGAGUACACUUCGCCCUUUUAAAAGUCUCUGAUAUGGUCCGGGUAGACGAACAAGGAAAUAGAGUCGCUGGCGCAAAUAAGCCAGUCAACACGGCUGGAUUUAUUAUUCAUUCAGCAAUCCACCAGAGGCGACCCGAUAUUCAUGCGGCCUGCCAUAUGCACAGUCCCUUUGGAAGGGCCUGGAGCACUUUUGGCAGGGGAAUUGAUAUGUUGAAUCAAGACUCUUGCAUGUUCUACGACGAUCUUUCGGUAUAUCCGGCUUUUGGAGGAGUCGUUUUCGCCCAGGGAGAGGGCCAGCGUAUUGCUGAUUACCUUGGCCCUAAAAACAAAUGUUUGAUCAUGCAGAAUCAUGGCCUACUUACUGCCGGUGGCACGGUUGCGGAAGCGGCGGCCUUUUUUAUAGCAUUGGAGAGGGCAUGUCAGACUCAGAUUCUGGUGGAAUCUGCGACGGCACCUGGGUCGAUUGGUGCAAGCGAAGGAGUUUUGAAGAAGACCUUGGUGGAUGAUGAAGUUGCUCUCUACACCAAGCAAGGAACAGGUACUCCUGAGGUCAUGUAUAUGCAAUUCGCUCCCGAGUACCAAUUGAUUUUGAAGGAGACAGGUGGAGACUUUUUGAAUUGA